AGGAGGGGGAGGAGGAGUGAGGCUGUGUUCGCUCACUGCUCCACAGCGAGGAGACUCCGAGAAUAAACAAUUCACACAGACCACACGCUCCUCCGCUCCCUGCCGGAGCACACAACACACGAGGCGGCUCCUUUUUUAAUCGGACUAAAAUCUUCAUCGGUUUGUUUUUAUUUUUUUUGCCCGAGCCCCCGCCUGCCUCCGCGUUUCUGCUUCCUGCCCAAAGUGUCAAGACGAGAUGCGACCGCUUUCAUUGGAUUUGCCUCCUCCUGUCGAAUAACAACGAUGCGCCUCUCCGGCUGACUGAGGGGUGGACAGACGCAGGUUAUGUGGCAGGAGUGCAGGGGAGAAGCUGGGGCUAAGUGAAAAUGCCACUCAUUCCUGAAGAGUCCCUGGCCUCGUCAAGGUCCCCCAUGUGAGAUCUGCAAAGCUGAAAGGCGCCACUGACAGAACCACAUCCAGGCCUUAGGACAGACAUCCCAAACAUCCACAGCCACGGAAUGUGUCAACAUCUUUGUGGUGAAAUCCUGCCGACUCCUCGCUUGCUACUCACAUAAGCCUGGAGCUGGGCCUUCUGGGAUCCUACGGUGUUUUACAGGCAGACAACAAUGCCUGGGAGGCCCCCCUGCCCCACAUUGCCUCCAAAUAUGGAUGCUGUUUUACCACAUUGCUAACUCUGCACACUAAAAAGAGGGAUCUCCUUCCGGCCAGUGAAUCUUUCAGCCCCCGUGCCCUCUUUUUGUUAUUUAGGAAGUACAUGCCACUGUCUACCAGAUGACCUAGUGGACAUUUGUUUCCCAGUAGCCGGCUGAACUAUACGAGAGGAUCCUAGUAUUGAACAUGACUCAUGGGGAGGAGCCUGGCCCUGAGACACACAAGGAUUCAGCUGUUUUAACUUAUCUGGAAGGUUUACUGAUGCAUCCAGUGGUGGCCGGGCCUGGGGCCACGGCAGGUGGGAGGUCUGAGGCUGCCCGCAGCAAUCAGGAGCAAGGAGACAAAGGGGGUGGGCCUUACCAACUGCCCAGCCAUGGGCCCACAGCUCCUAAGACUGGAACCAAUGGGCCCACACUAGGUUCUUCACAGCACUUGAAGAAGGCCCGCCUACUGCGCUCUGGAGUCUGGAAUGAUCCAGGGAAUCAGCGGAUGAGUUCACCCCCAAUAGAACUGAAUGGCCAAGGGGGAGGCCUACAAAAUGGAGCACUAGAGGGAUCUCCUCAUGCUGGGGAGAGCACCCUGUUGGCUUCACUGCUUCAGUCAUUCAGCUCACGGCUUCAGAGUGUGGCAAUGUCUCAGCACUCUAAUAAGCCACCCAGUGAGUGUUCCUCUCCAUCCAAGGCACCACUUGCAGACAAAGACCCACUUCCUGUGUAUGGGACAGCUUCAAGCCGCUUGAAGGGCCUAAUGAGAAAGAGCAAACUUCAAAAUCACAGCAACACACCUUACAGUCGACGGGUACACAAUCAGGACAGGCCACCAGAAUCACCUCGGUCAGCGCAUAGCGCCACACCUCCCUCUGCACCAACAGCUACUGAAUCGGUAUCCUGUGCGGAGCGUCUAAAGGCAGUGGCCAACAUGGUGAAAAUCCGUUCCAGUCCAGCACCUUCACCCAAGCCCAGUGUAGCCUGCAGUCAACUGGCACUGCUUCUGUCCAGUGAAGCCCAUCUUCAGCAGUAUUCCAGAGAGCAUGCACUCAAAGCCCAGCUCUCAGGAAGAUCUGCAAGCGAGAGACUAGCUGCCAUGGCAAACCAGCAGCAUGGCCAGGACAUAAGACCACCUAGUGUGGGAGGGAGUCUGCCUGGAGCUGCAGACACCUUAAGCUCCUUAACAACCCAAAACGGAAUGACAACCACAAAUACAACAACAAUAUCCUCUCGAACAGCCCUGUCAAGUCCACAGAGCCCCUCUUUGCAACGUGGCCAUAGCCAAAGCUCCCCAGCCACUCCCCCAACUCCUCCAAGCCACACUCACAGCCAACAACCUAAGGAGAAGCGAGGCUUUGACUCACGUCCAACCCGUCCCCCACAGACAUGCAGCAGCUUGCUCCUACUGCUACUCAACAACCACAACAACCAGAAGCAGCUGACCAAGAAUGGGCACCUGGAGGAUAGUUGUGGCAUUCUGCCACCAAGCGGCUCCUCUUCAGUCACAUCGGACAGCGAGUGCUCCACCCAGGAGAGGAGCCUGACCAAGGAUAGCAGUGAUGCGGAGAGUUCCUAUUCGAGUUGCUCUCCUAUUGACCUCUCAAUGAGAAGCCGGGCCAAUACACAACGCACAGGGCCGAAAACUACCACCCCCUCUUCCUCCUUCUCCUCCUCCUCGUCCACCUCUACCCUCUCUUCUUCCACAACGUUGUUUUCUUCCACCCCUGUUGCAUUCUCUCCUCAAUCUUCAGCUCAACCCUCCGCCUCAAACCUUUCACCACCCUUGACUGUUGCUUCCUCUGUCUCCAAUGCUAUUUUCUCAUCUUCCACCUCCUCUAUCUCUACCUCCUCCCUGGACAAAUUAACAGAAUCUUUAAUAAACAAGUGGAAGCCAGAGGCAUUGGGAUCAAAGUUGUCCAUGAACAAGGAGUCUGAAAUGAGCCCAGACCUAAAAUCCCACCCUAAGGUCACACUAAUGCAGCUUCUUCUUGAACGCAGAAAUAAUGAGAUGGUUAAUAAAGGUGCAGUUAACCAGGAUUCGCCACUUGAUAUAACUAUGGCCACCAUGUCUCAAAGCCCACCAAAGGGACUGGUGCCCUGGGAUGACACCAGGACAAAAAGCCCCACAGAUAAGCCCGUAGCCCCAGCCCCACCCCACUACUCAGUUAAUCGUGACCACAGUGGUGCACUGUCCCCAUACUCCUACCCCUCUCCCCAUGUUCAAUCCAGCCCAUUGGACUUGUGUAAAUCUAAAACCUUCCCUGCUGAGAAGGCCUCUGAGCCUGCCUUCAGUGCCAGUAAACUGUUGCAGAAUUUGGCUCAGUGUGGCACAGCUUCAUCCUCCCCACCCAUCCCCUCCAGCAAAGGACUGGCCCAGGAACCUGAUGCCAACAGGCCCCUUGCUCUUUUGGAAAGGCUCAAUGCUCCAAUCCACAGGACCACCACCACUCCACUCUCCGACAGACCCUCCGGCAGUGGCACUCCUUUCAGUCGUAAGGAAGCUUCUCCUCCUUCUCAAAUUGAGAACCUUCUUGAGAGACGCACCGUACUGCAGCUCCUUCUAGGAACAGGCUCGGCUAGCGCUACAGUCAGCCGCAAAGAUAGGCCCAGUGGGAGGAGGAGUGUGGAAGUGGCAGGGGUAUGCUAUGAGAAGAGUCCUGGUACCUCCAUCAUGUCUGACACUUCAAGUGCUCCUUUGGACAUAAAGGUCAAAACGGAGAUCACAGAGGGAAUGGGACCGUCAUCUGCCAUGUCUGAGGACUUAAGUGGCAGGAAGAGACCUAGUGGCUAUGAAAAGAAUAGCCCCCUCUCAGAUUCUCAGCAGGACUUUAAAACAGAACCACGGCCUGCAGAGGUCAUAGCAAAAUAUGGCCUCCUUAGCCAGCUGCUGAAACAACAGACUGCUACCUACUACACCAGUGCUGCAAUGCAGACUGAGUCUCAGCCCAGACAGGUUAAAGAGGAACAGAGGGAGUAUCCAAGCCCCAGUCCUAAAAAGAGACGCCUCUGCCCUGAUCACACUGAUAGUUUGAGCAAUACCAGCUGUUCAAGAGCAGUGGACAGUAAUGACACAAACAUUUUUGCCUCUUCUGCUGUUCAGGAAGAGCCUGACUACCAGAGGAGUCUGAAGGAAGAGGUGGCUCCACCCAGGAGCCCACCAAGUGAAACCCCUGCCAGAGAGAGUCGGGGCUUCAAUGUGCUCAAACAGCUGCUGCUCUCUGACAACUGCCUGAAGGAGCUGUCCCAGCAGCCCCGGGGGGCAGCCAGUCCUACUGUCCUGCAGGCCAAUGGCAAGGCCAAUGGCAGCAUUCUCAGUCAGCCUGCCCAUAAUCACAACUUCCUUCACCUACCUGGGUGGCACCCCCAUGGCUCCCUUAACUCAGGGCUUCAGAGUAAUCUCAGACCACUGCCCACCCCGCCUGCAGGCGACAGCCCUAUCCGCAACCCUUGGAGCCGCCACCCAGCUCCAUGGCCUGUCAGUCAAAAACGGGACCCCCCUACUCUUGUCAAACAGGAGCCUGAGAGCCCUGUGCGAUGGGGUAGUCAGGAAAAUGAGGAGGAAGAGGAGGAGGAGGAGGGCUGUGACUCAAACCUGGACUCUCCUCGGCUCUCACGUUCCAACCCCAUCCUGUAUUACAUGUUGCAGAAGGGCAGUAUUCAGCUGAGGAAAGAGGUGAGGGAUCAGGCAGUAGGGACCCAGUCUGUGGUCAAAGUUAAAGAAGAGCCAAUCAGUGACAUGCAUGCCUAUGAACACAGUCUGAGCUCCACCCCGCAAUCACCAACCCACAACGACAAGCACAGCCACGAGAGCCAGGGGCUGAGCCGAUUUUCUGAGUAGAAGUUAUAUCAUCAACAGAAAAAUAACAAGUGGAAAUCAAAACCAUUGACUCUGUUUUUUCUUUUUUUAAAUGACUUGCCAAAUUUGUUUGAUGAGACAAAUAACAAAGAAUGCAAAGCUGAAAACAGGCCUGUCUUAGCAAAAAUGUCUAAUUGAUACAACCAAAACUACAUUACUGUCUCAAAUUUAACCUUUACCAUCAGUGAUUAUCAUGCACUACAUAUUUUAUUUUGUCAGAUAUGAAGUCCUUUACAAAUUGGCCUUGUUUUAUACUGAAUUGCACACAUAUCACUAUCCAUGACUUCUUUGCUGCCUGCCCUAAAACAUUUAGAGAGAACAUUUCAAGUGACAUUUAUAAUUAAUGAGUCCAAAAUUGUUCAUGCUCAGUUCAGUGGACAUUUAUUUAUUUUCUCCAUCAGAACACUUUCAGAGAGACAGAGUCCCAUCAAUUUUAGAUAAGAAUCCAAAUAAAGUCAUUCUCGAACAGUCACAGCAGUCUAUUACAACAAUGUACAUGAGACAUUCAUCCAAAGGACGUUGAAAACAAUAUUAACACUGCAGUUGCUUCGGUGAAGGUCUUACCAUGAGGAAUGCUUUGUCUUGCUUUUUAUAAAGAUUCAUGGUGUGGUAUGAUUGCCAAUGAAGUGAGUAUAUAUCAGCAGAAGUUUUAAUGGUCACAACUCAUUGUAUUUUACUUUGAUUUGAAUUGAACUUCUAAGGCUAAUAUUCGACAGUGCAAAUUCAGGGUAAUGAUGUUUGUGCAGUUUUCAGCAGGUGGGUCAACAGAGCGUGUGUGGUACUUACAGUUGAGCAACUGUGUGUAAACAGGUUUCUAGAGCAACAGUUAAAAGGCUGCAGUGUCUGAGAAACUUAUCUUACCAUCCUGGGUAAACCCACACCACUGUUUUUUUUCAUGCACACAAAAACUUUGAGUGUGAAGCACAUGGCCUUUUCUUUUCAUUUCAUAGAAAGGAGCACCCAGAGUUUGCACUAUUGAACCUGAGUUUCUCCGUGUGCUUUUCAGCAUAAUUUGAUGGCAUGUAAUAAAAAAUGUCAGUGUUGUUAUCUGUUGAGAAUUUGACAGUUUGUGAUUUCUUUUUUUUCCAUCAUUUUUUAACUGUUGUGGUUUUUGGACAUCUUUUCUUUUUGUGGCUCUCUCUGUCUUUUAAAUCAUAAAAUGUCAAAAGAAAUGCAUGAUAAUAAAGAGAAGACCACAGGUACAUCUUUGUUUCCAAAGCAGCUGGAUGUGUGUACCUGGCCAACAAUCGCCAAGACAUGUUGGUGUCUUGAGGGAUAUCUGGUAUCUAGCUCCUUACUUUGAUUGAACUGUAUUCUUUUCAGUUACUUUCACACACUGCUUUAUCCAUUUAGUCUUGUGAUCUUUUUAAUACAUAUACCUAUGAAGUAUGUCUCUUCGAUUAAUACAUUUUCACAACGGUUAAAUAUAUUUGUGUAAAUAGUACUUUCAGUAUGAAAGAUGACUAUUUUGUAAUGUUUAAGAAAAGAUAUGACCCUAGUUUUUAAUGCCCUGACAUGUAAAUAUGAAUUAUAUGCGUACAAGUGUACAUACAAAGGCAGAGGAUGCUAUGCCCAUCUUUUUUUGGUUGGUUUGUUCUUUGCAUGUGUCUCUAUGUGGUAAAUGAUAAUCUAUCCUGCGCUGUGUUGUGUAAUAAUGUCUGACUCUCCUCACUGCUGCCUGUUGCAUGCAGACGCAUGGGAACUACCUGUGUAUCCCUACUGGUGAUGGGGGAAAAUGUCAAGUCUUAAAAUAGGUCUUUUUUUAUCACACAGAGAGGUUCGUUUAGAAUAUGAUCAGUCUCUAAAUAACCACAGGCUGUUGAGCAAGUUGAUAAAAUGUGUGAAAAAUAAACGUGCAUUGAAUAUUUUUGUGAUUUUCUUUUCUGUUACUGGUUAACAAAGCUCUGUGAAAGAGCUUUAGUGGCGGAUUGACGUACAAUCAUGGAUCUGCAUUGUGCAUCUAAGAAAUACAUUUGUAGCAACAAAUAUUAAAAAAAAGAUGUUUCAUUUUUUCAUGUGAAGACCUGAAACAUUAUUUCAUUUUUUAUGUUUUCAUUUUUGGUGUUCAUUUGCACUGAUAUCUCAAAAAUAAAGUACUAAAAUGCA